AUAUCUGGGUGAGACGGGGAUUGAAUGAUCUCAACCGCUCGACGACGCCACGACCGGAUCCUGAAAUUAUUUCCGAAAAUGAGUCCGUUAUUCCGGCGAGUCUUGGCAUUUCUGAAGAGGAGGUAAAAAUUAAGGAAGAAAGCGAUUCUCGGAGGGAAAUUGUGGAGUCGGACGAUCGGUCGAAGGAUGUUGGCGUGACUAUUUUUGAAAAUGUCAUGAGCUCCAUCGACGAUGCGGGACAAAAAGUCGAAGAUGAAGAGGUUAGGACGGAAUUGGAACGGCUUAGGGAUAUAAAUAAUGCAUUUGGUGCGCGUCUUCGAGAAAGAAAUGGCAAAAACAAUGGUGCGUUGAACUCGACAGCUUUUUAUGUCAAGGACUCAGCAAAGAGACUCAGUUUUAAGAAACAAACUGCGGUGCAGAGUAACAGUGGGAACGUCACCGAUUCACAUUCCAUACCUUUGGAUGGUUUCAAUUUGGAAAGUGAGGUGGUUCGGGAGAAAAGUCCUAUCACAGGUCUUUCUUCUGAAAGAAGAACAGAACGUCCGGUGAAAACGGUAACAAUUCGAAGACGCCCUGUAACAAAUGGAAUUAAGCAUGAAGGAGGAUCGAGACAGCGACGAUCUUAUUCGGGAUCCUCCAUCAAUGUUUGCAAACUCGGAGAUGUUUGGCCAGCGUAUCUUGAGGAUGGCAAGUGAUGCUACGAACCAAGGAGAUAAUCUUCCAGAAGGAGCGUAUCAAGAUGAAUCGGAAGAAAAGGCAGUUGUGUCGAUAGUCGUAGAUGGAAGAGUACUCACACCUAAAGAAAUCAAACUUCUGGGCCUGAUGACGGAGGACCGUUCCAGUGUCGAUGCUAUUUUUAACUCUAAAGCAUCAAAGUUACUUUCCAAGAUAAAAGACUUGACGGAGAAGGGAUCGAAGUCAAAAGAAGAAUCUGUAGAUGGAAACUACAAAGAGGCAGAUCGAGAAUCAAUGAACGAAUCACCUUUGGAAAGUGUUAUAAAUGUAGAAAUCUAA